AUGGCGAUCAGCAGUGACACAAAUAGUGAGCGGUCUAUUCAACUCGAGACUGAGAUAGAUGUUGUGGCGGUUCCUGCGAUUGGAGCAGAUCCGCAGAGAGCGUGGGUCGGUGAUGAUUUUCAGAAACCAUGGCUCAUUUCAGAACUGACACGAUAUAUCCCCAAUGCGCGGGUGUUACUGUUCGACCAUGGGCCACUAGACCGUCAAGAUGAUCUGGACUCUUUGGCCCACCACCUCUUGAAGCAGAUACACUCAGAAAGGCAACACAGUAGCGGAAGGCGGCCCAUACUUUUCAUCUGCCAUGGAACAGGUGGUCUUGUCGCCAAAGCAGCACUUGCCAUUGCGGCACAUUCAACAUCGAACCUCGCGUCGAUACUGACAAGCUGCUAUGGUAUUGCUUUCAUGGCAACCCCUCACCAAGGCUCGAGCUAUCUUUCGGCUCCUGAAUAUGCUAAGAGUAUCCGCCGCCUAAUGCAACUCAAGCAUCAUGUUCCGCACUGCAUACGAGAGGUGCUGAAACCCAGACAUCCAAGGCUGUUGCAACUAUCCAAUCAAUUCAGGUCCUUAUCUGCAGAUAUCAAGAUAUGGACAUUCUUAGAGACAGUCGACUCUACACUCACCGUCGCGGAUACGGCUACCGUAAGUUCUGUGGAAAUGCAUGUGCCAAUCACCUCUAUUCGGUCAGGGGUACUAGAUCUGGAGCACGAAAAGGUGAUCCCGUUAGCCACGGAUCACGUUGGUGUAGCAUCCUUCAAAGGACAAGAACACACAACCAGAAUAAGCUUUAUCAAAGAACUUCAGCCGAUCGUCACCAUGGCUGUGCAGCUUUCCAAGUUACCAGAUGCUCCGUUGCGCGUUAGUCGAGAGGUUAUGGUGCAAGUUAAUGGCUUCUUCGAAGACACGGCGCGGGGAGUCAGCGAUGAAACGCCUCUCAAGCUCUGGUCAACAAAAACGUCGCUACGGGAGUAUCUAAAGGACGGGCCUGCAAUUUGUCUCACAGAUCGACUGAAACAGACCGGUAGAGUAUCGUCCGGCUCAGUCGAUGACUCCUCGAUAAGUGAUUUUGAUAGCAGACCAUCAUCUGCCGCUAUGACAGGUACACAGUUUGCUAUACGAGAUGGGGUAUUGGAGGAGGCUAGCGCCAUUCAGCAUGAGACAAUCUCAUCAAGGCCAUCUAUAAGAAGAAGCCGCAGUUUCGUGGGCCGGAUCUCCCCUAGGAUUCACGUCACGGAGGCCGCCGCCGACAGUUUUUUUGAUGUACCACAAGAAGAAGCAACGUCGGACAUUCAAAGUGAUACUGUUUCCAGUGAAGACCCAGGACAGAGAGACAGCGUAACUGAUGAAAGAAAAGAGGCCACUGCUAGGAGCUCCAGUCCUAGCAACCAGGGAGAGCCCAAUGUAUUAACCAGUUUAUCAUCGAAGUACAGAACUUUCCUUCCUUUACCACCGCCCACAAGGGAGCGACUCCAGGAAGUUCGAGCAGAGCUGCCUCGGAGAGCUCCCCGAUUUGACCGACCAGAGCCAGGUAGCGAGAAGCUCUUAUGGAUUCAUGUCCCAUACACUCAUACGGGAUGGGUGCCUCCAGUCCUGUCUAAAGCUUGCAACGACCAGCAGAGACCAGAGUUAUUCAACAAGUUCAUCAAUGAUAAAAACUGGUACUCGCAAAUAAUCAGAGCCCGCCAUCUAGAGCCUCAUGCGCGUUUUGUCCGUCCCACGUGUAUUCAUUCCAGGCUGAGUGAUUCUUUACCUAUCAACCCACCAGAGGUGCCCCGUGAUCCUCAGUUAGCCUUAUACCUUCCUUAUCUUCAUUGGGAUACAUACUGGAAUCUCCUUCAACGAAGAAAGGUUAUCGAAAAGCGGCUACAACAAGGAAGAUCCAAGCCAGUCCCUGAGUACAUCUCGGAGUCUCAUGUAGAAUCGAGAUUGAUAUGGAAGUUCCUGGGCGCCGAGCCCCCUAUCCAUAUACGAAGAACAUUAGACCAGUAUGGGUAUCCAAAUCUGCGGUCAACGGUAGCAAGAGAUGACGAUCAGAUGCUAUGGAAGCGGACUAGAAAAGUCGUCGAUCUUAGCCACGAGAUCGAUAGCUCAAUCCCUCUGCAAGACAAUCCUGAUUCUUCCAAGACGUUCAUCGACGGAAAGGUUCUCAUGGUUGAUCAGCUCUGGCUCUGGGUCGUAGAUGAGAAAACCGUCGUUACCUUUUUCCCUAAACAGGAGGCAACGACUGCAGAAGACAAGCUAUAUGAACAGGCGAAUCUGCAUAGCAGCAUUUACAACGAGCUAAACGGAGACCUUGCAAGACGCUUUGAAACAGCCGGGGAUCUCGCUGCAUUGAUAGUCUUGCAUGCAGUCACUAUCCUUCUGGACAGGACGCUGGAUCACGAUCUACAGAUACUGCGGAUCUUUGAGGAAUCCAUUAGCAUCCUGACUGAAUCAACCACUAAAUCAUUCAAACGCUUCCGCACCCGAGGAUUUAUCGCCAGGCCAGCCGAUUACAACAGGACCCUAGAGGGCAGAACAAUGACCGCAUCAGAACGCGAUGAAAGAGACCGUCGAGUAGCCAAUCAAAACCGUGAAGAUCUCUCUACACUGUUAGAACUGAGAGACAUAAUAGACGAACUAGGAACCAUAUCAAAACUUCUCGAACAGCAAACCGCCACCAUCAAAUUAAUGGCGCAAUACUUCGAAGACAAAGGAUACGGGAAAGUCUUCAUAGAAUCCGCUCUCUCCCGACUGGAAGACUACCGCACCCAGGUCACAGAUAUGCGUGAGAACGCACAUCUAGCACAGAAAGCCGUUGAAAACCUCCUCGACCUCAAGCAAAAGCAAGCAAACGUUGACGAGUCCCGUAUAACACGCUGGCAGGCAGAAGUAGCCCAAAAUCAAUCGCAGUCUGUAAUGGUAUUUACAAUCUUCACAGUCAUCUUUCUCCCCCUCUCAUUCUUUACCUCCUUAUUCGGCGUGAAUGUCCGCGAAUGGAGCGGCGAAGAAACAAACCCCGACUGGGCGUACAUGCUGGCAAUAUCAGGCCCAACAUCCGCCGCAAUAAUUCUCAUCGCCCUCUCCAUGGCAUUCAGUGAGCGUUUGCGUGAUAGCGUUGUAAAAGCCCACAUCAUCGGCGUCGGCAUAAUCACAGAUUUCUUCUUGCUCCCCGUCAAAGGCGUAUUCAAAUUAGGGGCCGCGGCGUCCCCGGCAAAGCCGACUCCAGGGCAAUCGGAAAGUACCGGACGUCUUGACAGGUAUUUGGGGAAUAGACGGCAUAACAAACAGUUUGAGGAUGAUAUUUGGAAACGACAUGAGGAUCGGGUGAUUUCACCGUUACCGACGGUUCAUGUUUCUGACAUGGACAGGAUGAUGGGGUUUGAUGUUUCUGAGAAGGGGGGCAGAUGGCAGCAUAGUGUGAAUGGGGCGUAG